GUCGUGCAGUGACCGGACCGGCGCAGCGCUGUAAGCGGUCGACGCCAUUUUUAGUGAACGCCGAAUAUUAGAGGCCUAGAAAUUGCUGCGAGUUGGUUUUCGCUUGACGAAAUGGAUUGUUUAUCUAUUGGAUUUUUAAUAUAGUCGAAGAUCUACCUGUGAACGAUGGAGCACGUACGCUCGUUUAACUCCGAGCUCUCGUCGCUGUACGAGGUGAAGCCGCCUAUCUCCAAGGCAAAGAUGAACAGCCUCACCAAGACAGCCAUAAAAGCCAUCAAGUUUUACAAGCACGUCGUGCAGAGUGUAGAGAAAUUCAUCCAAAAGUGCAAGAUGGAGUACAAAGUCCCAGGGUUGUACGUAAUAGACAGCAUUGUUCGACAGUCAAGACACCAAUUCGGCUCUGACAAAGACGUCUUCGCUCCCAGGUUCGCGAAGAACCUGUAUUUAACGUUCACGCACCUAUUCCAGUGUCCACCUGAGGACAAGAGCAAAAUCAUCCGUGUUCUGAACUUGUGGCAAAAAAACCAGGUGUUUACUGCUGACAUCAUUCAGCCCAUUUUUGACCUGGCAGAUCCCAAUAAGAAGCCUGAACUGACGGCCAAUGGAGGUGGAAUGCCUGCUGUGAAAUCUUCACCACAGAAGGCGGUUGGUGGUGUGGAAAACAGUACACCAAAGUGGCCAGACACGGCAGGCAGCACUCCAAAGGUGGCCAACACGCCUGGGGGCGAGCAGCAGCAUUCCUUAGUGCAGCAGUUGCACACUCUGCACCAGCUGUUCUAUUUACAGCAAUCUCAGGGCCAAGAUCAGCAGCAACAACAGCAGCAACAGAUCAAAUUUGACAAAAAGCUUCUUGAUUAUGAUUACGGAGACGAGGAAGAGGAAGACAGACAGGAUAGUUCAAAUCAAACUGGUCAGGGCGGUGACGCCCUUCCAGCCCUUGAAUCGCUUGGAAACUUGCUUGCAAAUCCGGUGGUUCUGCGGCAGCUGCAGACUCUGCAGAUGACAGUGAGUCAGCAUCAGCAAGUGGAGAUGGAAGAGAAGGUGCGCCGUCUGCAAGAGAUGAAGCAACAGGAGGCAGAAUUUGACAAGCAUCUAGCUCAGACUGUUCCGAAUCUGCCAUUCGCGAGUCAGUGCGAGUUGAAGCCAAUACCGCUCUCCGAGCUUAAAGCGACACCCAAUGAUGGCGGCGUGGACAUGGGCGGCUAUGGAAUUGACAUGUCCAUUCCACCGCCAGGAUAUUCAGCGCUUCUCUCCUCAAUUCAGCAGCAACAAGCUCUGCUAUGCGUUGAUAUGUCUAAAGACGCUGACCUCAGGAAUCAGGUUCCUAUUAUCAGCCUGGACUCGGGUGAUGAGGGAGGAAAAUCCGAACGCAGCCGCACCAGAAGCAGGUCACCGAGAGGAAGAAGACGUAGGGGCGGUAGAUCUCGCAGCAGAGAAAGACGAAGGGCGCGCCGCUCCAGAAGUACUUCAAGAGGUCGCAGAUCUCGCAGCAGAUCCAGGAGGAGAGGAGUGCGAUCUCGUAGCAGAGAUAGAGAGGAAAGAGAGCAGGAGAGGGAAAAGGAGCGUGAACGCAAGAGGAAGGGACUUCCAACCAUAAAGAAAGAUCACUUGAGUGUAUGCAGCACUACUCUAUGGGUGGGUCACCUUUCAAAGCUGGUGCAACAGGAAGAGCUGUCGGACACAUUUGGAGAGUAUGGGGACAUCAUUUCAAUUGACCUCAUUCCCCCAAGAGGCUGUGCUUUUAUCUGCAUGAAUAGGCGGCAGGACGCGUACAAGGCGCUUACAAAGCUCAAGAAUCACAAAAUGCAGGGAAAAGUUAUAACUCUUGCGUGGGCACCGGGUAAGGGUGUCAAAGGCAAAGAGUGGAAGGAUUACUGGGAAGUUGAAGCUGGCUGUUCUUACAUCCCCUGGUUGAAACUGAAUCAUGAGGUCAAUUUGGAACAGUUUGAAGAAGGCGGCACAGUUGAUGAGGAGACCAUACCAGAUUUCAUGAGGAACAAGACUCAGCAGAUGAUGCCUACAUUAGUGCAACCAUUCCUUCAGAUGCCAGAGGCCAUAGCAGCGGCCACAGACACCACACAGCCCCCUCCCAAUGCCUUGGGUGCUGGGAAUCCUCUAGCCAUGGUCCCACCAUUCAGUCUGCCCCCGCCACUGACCCUGGCAAUGAACCCGAAUUUGGUCUCCCUUGGAGUGCCACCACCUGGUAUGCUGGUGCCUCCUGGUAUGGUGGUGGGACCUUACGGUGCCCCAAACCAGCUACUGUCCUCCCUUGGACAGAUACCACUGCCUCCGUCAGCGCCCCCUUCUGGUGAUAAGCUCCCUGAUGUGGGUGGACCCCCUCCUGGAACUUUGGGUAGCGCUUCUGCAGCAUCUAUUGAGCCCGGCCUGCCAGACAAGCUGCUGGACAGCGAGAUCACCAUGGAAGAGGCCAAUCAGGUGGCUGGCAACCAGAUGCGACUCAGUGAUGAGCUACUAGCCUCUCUGAAAGGACCACCGCCAUCCCAAGGGGGACUGCGCGAGUCACGGCGGCCACGCAGAGACCGCUGGGAACGUAGUCCAGAAGACACUCAGUGGGGGAGAGGUGGUGGACCUCCCGCAGACGACUUUGGUGGUGGAAGACCACCUCAGGGACCAUCAGGACCCCCAGCUGGAACCUCAGUACAGGAGCGCCUCCGUAAUUUGGCUCAUGGUGACUUCGAGUCAGCCGCCCGUGGACCAUCAGUGCGCGAGCGUCACCUCUCUCCAGAGCGAGGCCUUUCGCCUGUGCCAAGGGAUGCUGAGCUGAUGCGUGGCCCGCCAGGUGACAUGAUGGAGCUAGACUACAUGGACGCGCCAGGGGGUCCACCACCCCGACGUUUCAGCCCCGAUCCCUACCGAGGGCCCUCAUUGCUUGGACCCCCACCAAUGCACGAAGGUGGUGGUUUCCAUGGAGGCCGCCUCCAUGAGGAAUUUGUUCCAUUAGGACCCGAGUUUGGGCCUCCAUUUGAUGACUUUGGACCACUGCCCAAUGGCCGCUUUGAUGACUUCCCACCAGACCACUUUGACGGUCCUCCAAGGGAUGAUUACCUCGAACGUGACUUCUUCCCACCUCAUCCUGCUGACAUGUUCCACGGCCCACCAGAUGGCUUUGGGUCUCGCAUGAUGGGGCCUGGCGGACCCAUGAGAGGCAUGUUCAGAGGACCAAGAGGAGGACCAAUGGGCAUGAGAGGCCCACGUCCCAUGCGAGGAGGACCUCCAGGUGGGCUGUGGCACGAAGGUGAUGGCCUUCCGCCCUACGACCCCAUGGACGAGGCCUUUGGCAGUGGGCCGCCUCCCUUCUUUGACGACCCGAUGGACAUGCCGCCAAGACGCCACCCACGUGAUCGCGGAGGUCGUGGUCGCUUUGCCGGUGGCCGCGGUCGAUGGGAAGAAGGCCGUCCUCCAAGGGAUGACCGUCCUCCUCGAGAUGAUCGCCCACCAAGGGACGAACGUCCUCCAAGAGACGAUCGCCCGGCCAGGGAAGAUCGCUCUUCCAGGGAAGACAGACCUCCCAGGGAAGACAGACCUCCCAGGGAAGAUAGGCCUCCCAGGGAAGAGCGCCACUCACGGGAAGAACGGCCACCAAGGGAAGAUCGUAAUUCCAGAGAAGAUCGCCCUCCGCGAGAGCGUGAUGAGCGGUCAUCUAGAGAUGAUAGGCCUCCCAGAGAAGAGAGGCCACCGAGGGAGGAGGAGCCGCGCAGGGAACGUGGCGAACGCAGCCGUCCCUCCAGGUGGAACAAGGCUAGUCCGCCACCCCCAGAGAAGCCCUCAGAAAUAGCUCAACCUGAACAAGUUCCUCUUGCGCCAGAAGAGCCAAGUGUGCAAAACGGAGCUGCAGAAGAGCAACACGCUCCAGAGCCCACUUCUUUAGUGGAGCCAAGUCCUGCGGACGUCCCCGGAGAAGCCCCCUCAGUUGAGUGAAUUCAACACUUCAGCAAAGAAGACGCCCCUUACCAGAGCUGUGAUCAGAUGACACAAGACCGCCCUGCCGAGAAACGCACUUUCACGGCCUGAAAGGUGCCAGUGGCACGCACUUUGCACUCCCUCGCAAGGAGACAAACUUUCAUUUAAAUUGCACUAAAUAAUUGUACCGCUCGAGAUAAUUGGCAAACUAUUAAGAUGUACAAUUGUUUGCUCCUCUCAGUUGUGCAACCUCGGCUAGAGCGUCUUGACCGAUGCCAAAGAGAUUUUUACAAAAGCUAUUUUUACAAGAAAAUAAUGAAACAGUUUUUUGCUAUUGAAAUCAGUUGUUUGAAUGCAAGAGAACAUAAAAGAAUUGAAGUAGUAAGAUUCAGCGAGCAUCCAAGGUAGGUCAUCGUCAUCAAACAGCUGGAAGGGCAACGCGGCUUGGAGAGGGCAGGACUCCGCCAGCGCCCACACUCAAGUUGAGUGCGUGGUGCAAGGUAUUGUGUAAAUACAACGCGCGAGUGUGACCGAAACUGUGAAAUUUGCAAAAGAAUUGACUUUUCUCUCUAUCACCGUAACUAGUUAUAACUUUAAUUAAUUAAUUAUCCAUUGUAUGGCAUGCCUUUCGAUGUGUUAAAAAAUAAAAAUGCGCCGUCGACCAA